AUGAAGAUAAUACUAUGGUUUAUAUAUCUUAUCAAGAUCAAUCUCCUACAAAUGAUAGUUCAUGGGUCAAGAAACCCUUCGCUAACUAUACAAUAUAUCGACAGUUCAAUAUUUGAAGCAUCACGAUGCACUCCUGAACUGGAAAACUAUUCUGCUGAUAGAGCUUGGGCUAAUAAUUUGACUGAUGUGCCGGUAAUGCCUGAGUUUGUAUGA